AUGGAGAAUAUCACCGCCGGCAUUGACGCUGUGUGCGCGCGCACGCGGGAGGUGGAGGCGGGGCUUCUGGCGGGCAGACGGCGCGGCAGCGGUGCUGCCACGUCGGGGUGUGGUGACUGGCCCGAGGCGUGCUGGCCCGUGCCGCACAUGCCCUUCGCCAUGCUCUCUGACUUCCCCCGGCGCAAGUACCUGGUGUUCGCCAUGUCGGAGGAGCAGCUCAGCAACGCGCGCACGCACAUCAUCGAGGCUGCGCGCCUGGCUCAGAUGUCCAACCGCAUCCUCGUGCUGCCCAAGGCCAGUCGCAGCCACCUCUCUCUCGGCCGCUCUCUACCGCUCUGUGCCUACUGGGAUCUCACCAAGCUGGCCGCCACAGCAGAGUGGGUGUCACCGCAGCUCUUCCUGCUGCUCGCCCGCGCUACCCUCCCCACCCCCUCCGUGGGCUUCAUGUGGGUGCAGUCUCCCUACCUCGAGCGAACGGCCUUCCAUUAUGGUACCCUCGGAGUUCCUGGGGCAGCUGCUGCCAUUCGCCAUGGGGCACGUGCCGCUGGAGAACAGCACUCACUCCUCCGUUCGCCCUCUCCCUCUCGUGUGUGCACAUGCCGCUUCUCCUCUCCCCCUACAGAACUAGCCUCAGAGUUCCUGGGGCAGCUGCUGCCGUUCGCCAUGGGGCACGUGCCGCUGGAGACCAGCACUCACUCCUCCGUUCGCCCUCUCCCUCUCGUGUGUGCACAUGCCGCUUCUCCUCUCCCCCUACAGAACUAG